AUGCCGUUCCUCGACCUGCCCAGCUCGGUCCGGAUGUGCUUCGAGGUCCUCCAGCCGGACGACGGCACUGCGACGGUCGACCCGACUCGCCCGACGCUCGUCACCCUCGUCCCUUUCGUCUCGCCGACGUUCAUGGACGUCCCUCAAAUGCGACCUGGGUCGUCCUUGCGCGCCAACUACCAGAUCGUCGCGCUCUCGCCGCGCUCACACGGCCGCACGACUUCGACCGUCCGACCCGAACACGACCCUUACGUCUCGGCCGCCGACGUCGCGUUCGCGUUCGAGGCGCUCAAGCUCCCGCCAAGCCCCAUCUACGCUCCAGGCUUCAUCGCCGGCCGCAUCGCCGUCGCGCUCGCCGUCCUGUUCCCGGACCUCGUCACGAGCCUCGCCCUCAUCGGCGUCUCGGGCUGUCACGGCAUGACGACAGUCGAGGGCUUCCGCACGCUCGACGCAUCCAUGUUCAACCCGGAGGAGCCGGCCGACCUGUACGAGACGCUCGGCGAGCUCGCCAAGAGCCUGUACAACGACGAGCUGCAUGUCGACGCGUUCGACGACCUCAUGAACUUUCUCCUGCGACGACACAACCCUCGUCAUGCCCUACACUCGUUCGAGUUGUGUCGCCUCGCCUACCUCAACGUUGAUUUGACGCCCGAGGCGCUCGCGAGUAUUCAGCAACCCGUACUCGCGCUUCAUGGCGGCGAGGACCAGUACACGCGCCUCGACGUCGUUCAGAGGUGGACCGACCAGCUGUAUCGCUCCACGAGCGUCGAGACGCCCAUCAUUCCGGGCGCUCCGCACCUGUGCUGGACGACGCACCCCGAGAAGACGACGGCCCUCAUUUCCUCGUUCCUCGCUCGCCACGCGCCGACUCGACCUCUAGCCUACACCCCACCCGACUUUGCCGGCGCACUGCACCGCACCGCCACCCUUUUUGCCAACCCGGACGCCCUCCUUCGCGACCCAGGCCUUCCCGAGUCGUUCUCGUCCCUCACGGCCCAAGAGGCCAUGGUCGUCGCAGCCGACAUCGAGCGCAUUGCGGGCUACGAGGAGGCGUGGCGGGCACGACCGCUCAUCGACGGCGCCGAGGGCGUCGACCCCUGGGAGGAGGAAUGCACGGACCUCGUCCCUCAGCCUCGCUGGCGCUGGUCCCGCCGCAACGACCUCGUCCCGCCCAUCUCGCGCGCAAACUCGGUCUCGGUCGCGACCGAGGUCGUCGUCUCGACGCAGCGCAACACGGCCGCCCUCGCGACCGACGAGCGCCCGAGGUCCUUCGUCGAGGUGAGCGUGUCGCCAUCGUCCUCGUCGUCGCCGCACGCCGACGCCGGCGCAGCGGUGCCCGGCGCGCGCAACGGCGCCGAGGACGACGACAGCAAGCUGAGCCGCAAGGACUCGGGUUUUGCCGACGGUCUCGACGGCGAGGCGUUCAAGUCGGACCUUGAGACGAGCGCAGCGGUCGGCGGGCCUGCCCUCGCGACUUGA